AUGCGUCCCAACCGCAACCUGCUCGUCGGACCCCGUCGCAUUUCUAAACGAAGAAGCAUGGCUAGCAACCCAGUCGGUACUCUCCAAGCACGUCCCUUGCACCAAUUGCAGGAAUGGAAUGGGCCGUUUACCGAUUGUGUGGUGGCCGAUGGCCAUUUCAAAGAGGCGUGUACGAAUUGCUAUUAUGGGGGGCAGGGGAGCAGAUGUUCGUUGAGACAUGAGCAUCAAAACGCAGUAUCUCAUCUUCAAGCAGAAGCCGAAGAUGCCCCUGAUAUUCCGGGCAUGGCGCCUGCGAAUAAUUUCGGUGGCCAGCUGGGUGAUUUAGCAGAGUGGCCGUCGGUAUUGCUUCAGCAGGGUUAUUGGUGCUAUUAUCAUACCCGCGCAAGGAGUUCCUCCUGCAGCGAAUGUGCCUCGUGGGGGAGGACCGGUGGUCCAAAGCGUAUUGCGCCGUUAUUGGUGGGACCGGUGGGUAUUGGGUUGGCUGGUGCAGCUGCGGGGGCUGCGGGGGCUGCAGCGAUUUUGGUGGCUCCGCAGGGCCCUGGCGUAUUUGGGGGGACUAACGCAUCUAGAGCGCGUGCUGCUAGAGCUUCGGCUGAGUUGGAUGCUGUUAGGGGAGAGCAGAUUAAUAGGGAGGCGUUGGAAAAUGAACAUGAGGAAGAGGAAGAGGAUGAGGAGGAAGAUGAUGAAGAUGAUGAUGAAGAAGAAGAAGACGAAGAAGAAGUCGCAGCGCCGCCGCCAGCCAAAAAGCCGAAGCAUGGAAAGAAGAUAAAGAACUAA